AUGUCGGAUGCGGGGUUCUUCUACUGCGGUUUCGAAGAUAACGCCAGGUGUUUCUUCUGCGGAAUAUCGCUGUGCCGAUGGGAGCCGGACGACCUUCCUCUUUCUGAACACGCCGAACACGGGAGUUCGUGCUUGUGGUUGCGGCGCAAGACGAAGGAAACCCUGAUUUCCAAGAUUAAUUUUGUCACCGAAUUCGGAUUCGACAGCGACGUGAUUGCAAAGGUCGUGAGCGAUCAUCUCGAGAAGAAAGGACAAGUGUUCUCGUUGACAAACGAAGUUCUAAUCUCGAGCAUAAUCGACUUCGAUGAAAAUGGGGCCGACGACAGGAAAAAGGACGGG